GUGCUGUCCCACAAUCUGUACACCGUCCUGCACAUCCCUCAUGACCCUGUGGCCCUGGAGGAACACUUCCGAGAUGAUGACGAUGGCCCUGUGUCCAGCCAGGGCUACAUGCCCUACCUCAACAAGUACAUCCUGGACAAGGUGGAGGAGGGGGCAUUCGUUAAAGAGCACUUUGAUGAGCUGUGCUGGACCCUGACAGCCAAGAAGAACUACCGAGCAGACAGCAAUGGGAACAGCAUGCUCUCCAAUCAGGAUGCCUUCCGCCUCUGGUGCCUCUUUAACUUCCUGUCUGAGGACAAGUACCCCCUAAUCAUGGUUCCUGAUGAGGUGGAUUACCUGCUGAAGAAGGUGCUCAGCAGCAUGAGCUUGGAGGUGGGCUUGGGUGAGCUGGAGGAGCUGCUGGCCCAGGAAGCCCAGGCAGCCCAGACCACCGGGGGGCUCAGCGUCUGGCAGUUCCUGGAGCUCUUCAACUCAGGCCGCUGCCUGCGGGGCGUGGGGCGGGAUACCCUCAGCAUGGCCAUUCACGAAGUAUAUCAGGAGCUCAUCCAAGACAUCCUGAAGCAGGGCUACCUGUGGAAACGUGGGCACCUGAGGAGGAACUGGGCAGAACGCUGGUUCCAGCUGCAGCCCAGCUGCCUCUGCUACUUUGGGAGUGAAGAGUGCAAGGAGAAAAGGGGCACCAUCCCACUGGAUGCUCACUGCUGUGUGGAGGUGCUGCCGGAUCGGGAUGGAAAGCGCUGCAUGUUUUGCGUGAAGACAGCCAGCCGCACAUAUGAGAUGAGCGCUUCAGACACGCGCCAGCGUCAGGAGUGGACGGCUGCUAUCCAGACAGCGAUCCGGCUGCAGGCCGAGGGGAAGAUGUCGCUGCACAAGGACCUGAAGCAGAAGCGGAGGGAGCAGCGCGAGCAGCGGGAGCGGCGCCGGGCAGCCAAAGAGGAGGAGCUGCUCCGGCUGCAGCAACUGCAGGAGGAGAAGGAGCGCAAGCUGCAGGAGCUGGAGCUGCUGCAGGAGGCGCAGCGGCAGGCCGAGCGGCUGCUACAGGAGGAGGAAGAGCGCCGGCGCAGCCAGCACCGCGAGCUGCAGCAGAUGCUAGAGGGUCAACUGCGCGAGGCGGAGCAGGCCAGGGCCUCCAUGCAGGCGGAGAUGGAGCUGAAAGAGGAGGAGGCUGCCCGGCAGCGACAGCGCAUCGAGGAGCUGGAGGAGAUGCAGGAGAGGUUGCAGGAGGCUCUGCAGCUAGAGGUGAAAGCCCGGCGGGAUGAGGAGUCUGUGCGUCUCGCCCAGACCAGACUGCUGGAGGAAGAGGAGGAGAAGCUGAAGCAGUUGAUGGAGCUGAAGGAGGAGCAGGAGCGUUACAUCGAGCGCGCACAGCAGGAGAAGCAGGAGCUGCAACAGGAGAUGGCGCUGCAGAGCCGCUCCCUGCAGCAAGCCCAGCAGCAACUGGAAGAGGUGCGGCAGAACAGGCAGAGGGCCGACGAGGACGUGGAGGCUGCCCAAAGGAAGUUACGCCAGGCCAGCACCAACGUGAAACACUGGAAUGUCCAGAUGAACAGGCUCAUGCAUCCAAUUGAGCCUGGAGAUAAGCGCCCCGUCACCAGCAGCUCCUUCACAGGCUUCCAGCCCUCUCUGCUUGCCCGCCGCGACUCCUCCCUGAAACGGCUGACCCGCUGGGGAUCCCAGAGCAGCAGGGCCUCCUCAUUCAACAGCAGUGAGCAGCAGAAGUCCCUCAACGGUGGGGAUGAGACUCCCGUCCUGACUUCCACCUCUCAGGAAGAUAAACUGGAUCCUGCGCCAGAAAAUUAGCCUUGCCUCACUCCUCUUCCCAACAUCAUGUCCACUAGAACCUGGCCACAGCUGGUCUGUGGAUGACACUGGCCCCUGCUAGGAGAGGGAGUGGCAGUCCUGGUGCCAGGGCCCCAACUCUCCAACCAGAAGCCAAUCCAGGAUGGAACCUGGCUAAUCUUUCAUGCCAGCUGCAAGCCCUAGACCAUGGAGGCUGGUAGGCUGAUACUUGAGAACUUAGCCCUGUCCUUAGUCCUUAGUCCAGGUAGUGAUGUGACUACCUGGGCUGGGAAAGACAGUGAAUAAGCAAGACCAGGGCCACUGGCCCUCAGGCUCCACCAAGGUGUGGAGGUAUAUUUCCAAAUAAAAACUACUCUUGGAAUGAA